AUGGCAAGGUGCUUCUGUCGCUGGCGCAGAGUGUUGAUCUGUGUGUGCACACCAUUCAUCUCCCUGGCACUGCUGCUAUUCCUCAUCAUGGUCAUGUUGUGCAAGGCCAUGGAGUCAGGUAUCCCAAAUCCUCACUUUGUUCCCCUGGGAAAUCUUAAGAAUGAAGGCCUCGCCCCACUGCCCAAAACGUUCUGGGUUACCAGCCUGCAUGGUCAAGCCAUAUGGAACCGCCUCCAGCUGACCAACGAACGUCGAUUCAACCCCAUCCUCCACCCCAAAAAACUCACGAGGCGAUUUGAAAAUGGUAACUUUAAUGAGGCCAUACUGAAGAAUGUUUACUCUGAAGUUACUGACUCAAACACAAACAAGCUACCACAGCAGAUACAAGAUUUUGUGAGCCAAAUGCAAAGGAGAGACUACCCUUUGCUCCUCCAGCCAGAUGGAGUAUGUGGAGCCGGGGCACAUGAGGAGAAGGAGCCCCCUCUUCUUCUUCUGGCCAUUAAGUCAACAGAACUGAAUUUUAAGAACCGACAUGUCAUUAGACAGACAUGGGGCCAGGGAGGAUGGGCAGCUGGACGGAAGAGAAACAACAAUGGUGGAGGGUGCCGCAGGGUCUUUUUGCUGGGCAAGGAAAAUACUGAGGAGUUGGGUGUGGAUCUAUCUGAGAUACUGCAGAUGGAGAGUAAACUUCAUGGAGACAUUCUGCAGUGGGACUUUAGUGACACAUUUUUCAACCUCACCUUGAAAGAUGUGUUGUUCUGGAGCUGGUUCUCAAGCUUGUGCGGCCAGACUAGCUUUGUGUUUAAAGGGGACGACGAUGUAUUUGUCAACAUCCCAAAUAUGUUGAGCUACCUAAAAGGUGAGCUAAAGAAGCCACAAGCACACAAGUCAAUGAAAGGCUUUAUGGUUGGCAAUGUCAUAAUUAGAGCUUUACCCAACCGAGUCAACAAGUCUAAGUACUAUGUCCCAGAAAGCUUCUACAAGGGCCAGUAUCCUUUAUACGCAGGUGGUGGAGGGGUGGUGUACUCAGGCCUAUUGGCCAAACGCCUACACAAUGUGUCUAAAAGGGUCCACCUGUUCCCCAUUGAUGACGUUUAUGUGGGAAUGUGUAUGGCUAGGCUAAAUGCUGGUCCGGUCCACCACCCUGCCUUCCUUACUUUUGAUUUCACCGGAAACGAUGAAGACCAACUGUGUUCGUAUCAUGGAAUCCUGUUGGUGCACAGACGUCUCCCCAACCAAGUAUUAAAACUGUGGGCCAACAUGAAAAAAACAGAGGCACAGUGUUGGGGUGUGCCCCUGAUAGGAGGGACGAGAAUAAACACAACACUGUAA